AUUGGGAUUGCAGGUCCCUGUCUGCAGUUGUACCAGGAUUGCUUCAUACUAAAGGACAUGGGACCUGCCAUUCUGUUUUGGUUCUAAGGUUCUGGAAGGGCUGUCUACUGGAAAUGAUAGCCCUGCCUCACAAUGCUGGUCUAGCUAACUUGUAAAUUUGGAUACUAUGGGACCUCCAAACCUCGAUGUGGCUCUCACAUCCUUUCUUCCUCUCUAAGCAUCUUUGGAGGUCCUAGUGGUCCCAUACUGCUAAAUUCUUCACCCAGUGCAUCUAACUCAGACCUAAGGAAGUCUAUCCUCUAAACCAGUAAGAGCACAUUUACAUAAUUCUUUGCAGUUUCUAAAGGGCUCUCUCUGGUUCCUCCCUAAAACGCAACAGGUGCCCUGACAGGGCUGCAGACCUUGCCUGUAGACUUAGCAGUGUGGAAAACAGCAGUUGCUAGGAAACAUGCCCAGGACCAAAAAGAAAAAGACCUUCCUCUCCCCUCCUGGCCCUCCAACAUUCCCGUCUCGGUUGGGAUGGGGCAUAACUUUCUACUACCCCAGACUGAGAGACAAGGAGGCCUGUGCUUCCAUCUCCUGUGUGCCACCCGUCUUUGACUUCAGCCCGAAGCAUUGUGCAAAACUUAGGAACCAGUACCUGCAAAAGGCUGCCGCCAACCUGACCUUCUCCCUGGAGGUGGGGUGGCAGCGGGGGCUGCCCAGCAUGCCUUACAGCCAAUAUAGCUUCAACCACGUGUACAACACGGAGGGCAUCGUCCAGUCUGUCCGGGUCAGGUCGCCCCUCCCUGAGAAGCCCGCCCAGUACAAGCUCUUGAAUGUCCAGGCUGCCUCAGCAGUGGACACGUCCCAGCCCGUGAAGACAAAGGACUCUGCCUCGGCUAAGAAGAAACUCCAGCCAUCCAAACCGCCACAUGCACCCAGGGACGCCUCCCGCCCUCGCCACCGCCAUCCCCGCAAGGUCUCCAACUUGCUAGACAUGCCGCGCUCUCCAGAUGUGAAUCUGGAAGAAAGGGAAACAUGGCUUCCUCCCGGUGAGAGAGAGGCCAGAGCCUGGGAGGCCAUCGUGCUGGGAAAGUUGAACAAGCGCACGGCGCGCUGGAUCCAGAGCAAGCUUCCUCCACGACCCGGCGUAUCGCCCAACAAGUGGCAAAGCUUCUUGCACCAGCAGUACGACUGGAGCCACAUCCGGGACGAGCUCUCCUCCGCCAGCGACCUGGAGCUCCUGAAACAGCUGGAGGCAGAAGAGGCUGCAGAAUUUGAGGAUGAAACCACCACCCUGCACCCCGAGGAAACAAAGAAGCCCGAGCUGCUGCUUCCUGUUUACUACAGAUUGCCAGGUUACUCUCCACAAGAAGAGACCACUGAAAUCAUGCCUGGCAAUAAUAUGACAGCUAAGGAUCUCAAGGAAAUUAAAAGACCCGUCGAGCCUGUAGAGGAGAGCUUCUUGCGACAAGUGAAUCCUAAAGCUGGAGAGUUUGCCUACUCUACAGACAACGCCUUUGAGCAGGAGAUUUACUUUGAUGAAGUCAAGAUUGUGCACCAGAUUGGUGGGAAGAAGGACCAGAUUCUCCUAGAAAAUGCCCACAAGUACAACACGCAGCUCACUAACAUCUUUCCUGAAACUCCAGAAAGGUGGAGUUCCCAGCCUAUUCCUGAAGCGCCUUAUAGGCCCGUGAGAGGAGCCCAGCGCUGGACUGCUUUGCCUACUCCAGUCAAGGAUCAGAUGCUGAAGGUAGGUGAGGAAGACGUGCCCAUUAGGACCAGGAGAUGGAAGAAGCAAGAGACUCCGAUGGAGGAGGAAGUGUCUUGGGAACUGGUGGUCCUACGGAAGAUGCUACAGGAGUGGAAGAAUGCCUGGGCGUUCAUUAUCGAGUGGCACCAUGAGACAGUGGAGAGUCUAAUGCAGGGCUUGGUAAACAUGUAUGAUGACGUUCGGAUCCAAACUCUCAUUACAUGUGCCACAGCUGCUUUGGAACGGCCCCGGAUUGCCAUCAGCCAAAGUGACUCAGAAGUCUUGAGAAUCCCAGUUAUCAAAGACUUGCCAGAUGCUCUUCUGCCUGCCCUGGAAGCUACUCUUUAUGACAAGAAUGCCAACGUGAGGUUGGCAGCCGCAUUAUGUCAAUAUGCAAUACAGUCACAUAAUCCACAGGCCCAGGACAUCAUGCAGACUGUCCUUGUGAAGGGUAAUAGUGUGGAUAGCUGGGCUGCAGCUCAGUGCUUGGCUCUGGAAGGUGUUGCCACUUACCCAGUGAUCAAGAGGAUCCUCCAAGAGCUGUUUAACCAGAGGAAUGAGGAAACCGAAAACCAGUCUUGUAUUCUACUAAGUCAUCUCAGUAGAAAAACGACCCUGAUACAUACCAUGCUUGCGGUAGAGCUGAACAGCAGUCAAUGGAAGGACCGAAUCCUUGCCUGCAGAGCUUUCGCCCGGAUCAGUGGCAAUAUUUGCUUAGAUAUGAAACAUAAGUUAAUCCAGCUGAUGUGGAAUGACUGGAGUAAGGAAGUGAGACAAGCGGCUGCUCAAGCACUAGGACAAAUGAGCCUUGGGAAAGAGGUGCACGACACAAUCAGGGUUAAGCUGGGUCAAGGAAAUUCCCAGGAGCGUGUAGAGGCCCUUUCCUUGAUAGGUGGACUCAAGCUUAUGACUGCUAAACUCCUCCCAAGCUUCCUACAUUGCUUCUCUGAUGACUUCAUAGCAGUUCGGCAGGCAGCCUGUUUGGCAGCAGGUGCACUGAAGAUCCAGAACAAAUUGGUGCUCGAAUGCCUCCUGAAACUGAUGCAUAGAGAUCCGUACUGGAAAAUCAAAGCUUUUGCCAUUCGAGCCCUGGGGCAGAUUGGACAAGUGAGUCCCCAGCUGACAGAUCUCCUGCUCUGGGCCAUACACUAUGAAGAUGCACCAGGUGUACGACUGGAAGCGUGUCGUAGCAUCCAAGCCCUCAAACUUCAGGGGGAACAAGUCAGGGACACCUUCCUACAUGUAUUGCUCCUGGAGAACCACGAGGCUGUUCUCAAGGAAGUUUAUCAGGCAAUGAAAACACUCAACAUAGAUAAAGAAGGUCACCAAGAAAUGCUUCAGGACAUCAAGAACAGGAUUCAAACGCUAAACCAAAAGGACUUGCUCUCCCAGAAAAUACUCAAAAUGGAGAUGGUCGUAGGAAGAGUGAAGGAAGAAGCAAAGCGUAUUUACUCACACCCCAAAGAGGGUCAAAAAGCAUUGGAUUUCCCUACUUUUCUCCAAGAUACUUUUCAGGAUGAAAUGGUUCUCUCUAGAAGACCAGCUGAGAUCUGUGACACUGAAGCAGUCAUAAAGCCUGUGUUGCCCCCAACACCAAGUCCCUGGCUACGAAGUCCAGUUGUAGCCCUAAAAAUGCGAAGAAGUCCACUACCACUAGACCUACGUACCAUGCGGGAAAAAAGGAUUGCUAUGGGACCCUUUGGGGCUCCCAGUGAGGAGUUCUAGCUGAGUAAUACUCUGAAGAUCUUUUUCAACCUCAUGUCUUCUCCCUGUGAAAGGAAAGAUGCCCAUGGAUAGAUUAAAUGCUUCUCUUGCUCCAGGAAGCAGGCAGUGGUGGACCCGGUCACAUUCAGUCUCUUUCAUUGACUUAUUACAACCUUCUUGUUACUAUAUUUAUAAAGAAAUAUUAUUUAACAGUCUGAUUUCUUAAUGUGUGACACUUACGUAGAAGUUUAAAGAAGUCUGACAUCACAUUAGGUGACAGAGUAUAUUUUCCCAGACCCUUCAAAGGUCAUAUUCAAAGUACAGCCAGAGCUACGAAUAUUUUCACAGGGGAAAUGUCAAGACUCAGUAUCUUUUGCAAGCUAUACAAAUUUUCUUCUUGAACCCAAAUUAGAAUCCUGUUUGUCUAGGCAAGAAAAAAAACCACAAGUCUAGUCUUAUUCAAGAGGAAGUUCUUUAACUUCAAUUCACAAGGCCGUGUGAAAGUCAAGUCACAGGACCAUUACAAAACAAACCAAAUACUGACACAGUCAUUUCCCCCUUUAUACUGUGCAGGAGGAUGUGAACACAUUUAGAU